UAGCGCGCUGCGUCCGUAUGCGAGGAUGAACUGCUGUGCGCACGUCCUGAACACCGUUCUUCGGAACGCGUUUGAUGACAGGUACCUCGCUCAGGAACUUCCCGACCUUUUGGAAGAACUGCAAAAAGUGAAAGCUGUCGUGACUUUUUUAAAACAGCGGACUGACGAGCCAGCUACCACACGGUGUGUGCCAGGAGAUAUGCACGCGGUGGAAUUCAAAGCUCGCCAUGAUCAAGUCCGUGCUAAGUCAGUACGAUGCGAUAGAGAACCUCCUAGAUUCAAGGGGAAAUCUGCUCUUGGAAGACGUCAAUAAGACUUUGUUGAUGGAGGUCGCCGAAUUCUUGGAGCCCUUCAAAGAGGCCAGCGAAAAGCUUGAGCAGGAUAAAGUGGUAACGCUGCCCCUUGUACUGAUGUACUACACAAAACUGAAGAAGCACCUUACUGCUGAUUCGACAGACUCACGAGAAGUGUGCCAGCUCAAGUCGAGGACACUAGAAUUCCUUCAAAUAAAACUGCCCAUAGAAGAGCUUCACAAAGUGGCAACGUUCUUGUGGCCGCCUUUCCGCCAUCUCCGCGUUCUUGAUGAGCAGGAGAGGAAAAGUGUUCAUGACAGAGUACGCGAAUUGUUAAUCGAUGUACAUCUCCGUUUGCCACAAGGAGAAACGAGCACAGAUCAUCCUGAUUAUGAACCCCCAGCGAAGCGUACGUCCCUUGACGAAUUUAAGGAGUGGCGCGAUGCUGCGGAAACUCAACCAGCCGACAGUGAGCUUGACAUUUACCUUCGGGACAGUGACUCGUGUGAGGACAUUGAAAAACUGCUUGAAUGGUGGGAAGCCCAUCGUAGGAAAUACCGUGGGCUUUCAUUUCUGGCAAAAAAAGUACUUUGCAUCCCAUCCACGAGCGCCAGCAGCGAACGCAAUUUUAGUGCAGCUGGGUACGUACUCCAAGACAGCAGGACCUGCUUGAAGCCGGAGAGCCUGGACAACUUGCUGUUUUUGCACAAGAACAUGUAGAUUUUUGCCUUUUUCUGGCCUUUUCGCACUCGUAUUCCUGUGGCGUCGUUUUCAAGUGCGGUCUUUUUGUGUCAUUGAGUGUUAUUUUAAGCGUAUUUUCUAUCUUUAUUUCACAAAGAAGGGUGAAACCUUUUAUCUGAAAUAGCAUCAAGCAUGGUGUGUAGCAGCUUGAUUAUAUAAUUAUAUUGUAAAUGGCGAUUACGUUUCCGUGACGGCGCUAGAAUACGAAAAAUAUAUAUUUCAUCUGCUUUUGGUGGCUGUUCGCAAUAUAUAACGUUAAAGUUUUUUUAUCUUGCUGCAAGAAAUUAUUAAUCAGGAUCCUCUUUAAAAAUUGUGUAAAUAAUGUCUCUAACGCGAGUGCAGAAAAGAGAAUCAACGAAAAUGUCCCGGGUUUGAUUCCAUCCGCUUUUUCAUGUUAGUUGUACACUAUUCAAUAAAUUUUGUUGCUAUGUUUUAUUUUCCCUAUACUGCUAUUUUAAUGACUUGCCAUGUGACAUAUAGGCAACAUUUCAUCUAUAUUCCUUGCUCCCAAACCACAAUAUGAUUACGAGGCACGCUGUAGUGGAGACCGGAUUAAUUCCGGCCACCUGGAGUUCUUUAACGUGCACCUAAAGAUAAGUACACGGGUGUUCUUGCCUUUCGCCCCGUCAAAAUGCGGCCGCCGUGGCCGCGGUAAUCGCACCCACGUCCUACUACUUAACAGCAAGACAGCUUAACCACUGAGUUAUCACCGCGGGCAAAGCAACACUUCAACGCAUGUGCACACUGAAUUUUCCCUCUGAUUCCCCGCUGCAAAGCGCAAAGCAUCAUUAAUAAUCAUAGUCAACAACUAAUAUUCUCUAGUGGGCCCGGGCAGGGCCUAAUCAUGAGUUUAGCAAGUUUAGCAAUGAACACCCGAGCCUGAGCCGGGCCCGGGCUUG